AUGGAGGCACAGCACCAGUCGCUCGGGGAGUUUUUUGUGCACCGGUCAGUUCUGGAUGAGGAACACAUGAAUGACAUGGCACGGAAAAAGACGGACUCCACCAACCCACCUCUGUGUGAGCGUGUCAAAAAUUCUCUCAGGUGUUCGGGGCAGCGGCUGAGGCAGACGGUGUUGGGCUGUGUGCCGGUUCUCUCCUGGCUGCCUCGAUACUCCGUCAGAGAAAACGCCGUGGGCGACCUCAUCUCCGGCAUCAGCGUGGGCAUCAUGCAUCUGCCGCAGGGUAUGGCGUAUGCCCUCCUGGCCUCCUUGCCGCCAGUGUAUGGCUUGUACACCUCCCUCUUCCCAGUGUUGAUCUACUUCAUCUUCGGCACCUCCAGACACAUCUCUAUAGGGACAUUUGCUGUGAUCAGUAUCAUGAUUGGCAGUGUGACAGAGAAGCUGGCACCAGACAGCGACUUUAAGAUCCUGAACGGGACCAAUGGGACAGGCGGCGUGGACGUUGAGGCACGGGAUGCCUACAGAGUACAAAUAGCGUGUGCCAUCACCGUUCUGGGAGGAGUCUUUCAGUUCCUGUUGGGUUUGGUGAGGUUUGGUUUUGUGGUCACCUACCUGUCUGAGCCUCUGGUUCGGGGCUACACAACGGGGGCUGCGUGUCACGUUACAGUUUCACAAUUCAAAUACCUGUUUGGACUCAAACCAGCGCGCUACGCUGGUCCUCUCUCUAUAGUUUAUACGCUGGUGGAUAUCUGCUCUUUGCUACCGGAGACUAAAGUGGGAGAGGUUGUGGUCAGUCUGGUGGCGCUCUCUGUUCUCAUCAUGGUCAAAGAAGUGAACGCCUGCUACAGUAAAAAACUACCUCUGCCCAUUCCCAUCGAGCUUAUAGUUAUCAUAUUAGCAACAGUCAUCUCCUAUUUUGGCCGACUUAACGACAAAUACAGCAUUGAUGUGGUUGGAGAGAUACCCAGCGGGCUCAAUGCUCCUCGUGUCGUGGAUGCAAGUCUAUUCUCAGAAGUGGUGGGCGAUGCGUUUGCGGUGGCCAUUGUAGGAUACGCCAUUAAUAUUUCCCUGGGCAAAACCUUUGCCCUUAAACAUGGAUAUAAGGUGGACAGCAACCAGGAAUUGAUCGCUUUGGGACUCAGUAACAGCUUUGGAGGGUUUUUUCAGUGUUACUGUGUGACGUCAUCCUUAUCUCGCAGUCUCAUCCAGGAGAGCACAGGGGGCAAGACACAGGUUGCUGGAGUGGUUUCUUCCAUCAUUGUCCUGAUUACAGUUUUGAAAAUAGGCCCUCUGUUUGAGGAACUUCCCAAGGCUGUGCUAACCACCAUAGUGUAUGCGAAUUUAAAAGGAAUGUUUAAGCAGUUCCUGGAUGUUCCUCUGCUGUGGAAAAGCAACAAGGUUGAUCUGAUGGUGUGGUUGGUAACUGCAGCAGCUACCGUCCUUCUCAACCUGGACUUUGGUCUGGCUGUCUCUGUUGUCUUCUCCAUACUAACUGUCAUCUUCAGAACGCAGCUGCCACGCUACUCCAUCUUGGGCCAAGUGCCGGGCACGGAGCUGUAUCUAGAGACAGACACCUAUGAAGAGGCCAAACAGGUUCCAGGCAUAACCAUCUUCCGCUCAUCCACCACCGUCUACUACACCAACGCCGAACUGUACUUGGAGGCCCUGCAGGAGAAGAGCGGGAUAGACAUCGGGAAGCUGCUGACCGAAAAGAAGAAACGAGAGACAAAACAGAAGCGGCAACAGGAAAAGGAGAAGAAGAAAGCUAAAAAGGAGGCAAAGAAACAAGUAGGAACUCCAGCAUAACACGAGCCAGAGAAGAACGAGUUGAAGGACUUCAACAGCUCCUCAGCAGAACCGAGGGAUGGGGAGCAGGGGAACGGCCGAGCUGUAACCCCGAACGAGACGUCCGAGAACGGACACGUCCGGGGCCACGAUAACUGGGCGUACCAACAAGACGGAAACCGCCCCGACUCCGACUCUGAUGCAGGAUGCCAUGGUGACGACGGCAUCACCAGGACAUACGGUGAUGGAGGCAGCCAGACGGGAAGCGGUUGCUUGUCUGACACACACAGCAUCAUCCUGGACCUGUCCACGACCAGCUUUGUGGACACGGUUGCUGUCAAGACCCUGAAAAACAUAUUCAGAGACUUCGGGGAGGUUGAUAUAAGCAUCUAUCUCGCGGGCUGCCAAGCCUGUGUGGUGGAGCAGCUAGAACGGGCCAGUUUCUUCUCGCAGACCAUCCCUAAGAGCCAGCUGUUUGCCACCGUUCAUGACGCCGUGCUCCAUGUUCUCAGGAAACAGGAGCUG